CUGAAGGGCCGCCAGGCGGCCUGAGCAACCUGCGUUGCAUGUUGUGGCGAGCGAGCUCGGUGAGCAUGCUACACGUGCGCCAGCAGCAAUCAAGCGUGCGAGGUUUUUGAUUUAAGUAUUAUCAUAAUUUUUGGGUGAACCGCCGUGAACUGCGUUGAUUCAUUUUAAGGGCGCAACCUCUGUCGUGCCGUGUAAUUGUGUUUGAUCCUGAAUUGGGAUGAGAUGAUGAUUAUAAUAAUUGUUGAUUGUUAAUUUGUUAUUUCCACAAAUAAUAAUAUUACUGUUUUAGUCAAAUCGAUUUGAAAUGAAUUAAGUACGCCAAAUAUACGGUAUAUUCAGAAAUAAUGCUUAAGUCUGAAAAUUCAGCGCAAAGUCGAUCUGUUACUUUUAUAACCGAGUUUAAAGCUACGCGUUGGUUAACUAAUUUAAAUGAUGUGUGUUUUUAGUUUGAAAACUGUGUUCCCUGCGACAGCGAUGUUUGAAAGACUAAAUCUACGAAGCGGUCAUAAUGGAAAUGAGACGUUCGGCAAUGAUGGAAAUGGAAGAAUCGAAGAAGAUGGGUUUGUUAAAGACGGAACACCAAUCAAUAACGCAAAUCAUAUAAUGACGUCUCUAAUACAAAAAACAAAGUGGCUGCCUUAUUGCCUCACAAUGAUUGCGAUUUUUGCCAUUUUCCUGAUGGUUAUUGUGCGUGAUCAACCUUCACAUGAAGCCAUUAAAGAGAGCCAGUCCAUCACUUUAAAAAAAUGUGAUGGAGUUGCUUCUUCAACCUCAAGUACAGAAGAUUGGAAGUCCUCCUAUGCAACUUCCAAAGUGUUUUUCUACGAUGAAGUCAAACUUGAUUUGGACGAUCAUCAAACAUGCAAAAUAGCAGAGAAGAAUGAAAUUCGCAACAAAGAGUGUAAACUUGCAGAUAGCGGCUUCAUCAUUUGCAUUUACGUGAAUGAGCUCCAGAACAGUUCUAAAGCAGAUUUGAUCGCGUUCAUGAAUAGAUCGUCUGAAGUCUUCAGCUGCGACGGGAGAGGAGGAUGCACUCGCAAGUGCUGCAAGAGCUGCUGUACCCGAAGCAAAGAUGAUGGAGCCUGGUGCAAUUUUAGAAACUGCGAUAGCGAUAACAAAUUGAACCAUGGAGACAAAUCUCCAGCAUACAUGGUGACCUGCAAAACAAGCGAGAGAUGAUCAUGGCUAAGCCUGCAUGCCUGCCUUCCGCAAUGUUGCGUUAUAUUUUUAGCAAAUAACAUCUAAUUUUUCUCCUACUGAAUCAUCAAAUCUUUCCUCUAUUUUAUGUUUAAAACUGUAUAAGAGCACUAAUUUUCAUCGAAUGUGUGGUCUCCACAAAAAGUAAACUAAAAUUUUAUUGUUUUUGCAAGAAAUUUUAAAAAACUACUAAUUUCUACUUAAUAACCUCGAAAAAAUAUUAAAACAAUGAAAUACAGAACGAGAAGAUGAGCGUGCUUCACUCAAUAAAUUUGAGUUGGAGUCAUUUGACAAAUUGCUAAGUUCCAAUCUUCCGUUGACCGUUCCGUGUGUGUUGAUUUGCUAAUCAAAUAUAACGACAACAUUUGAUAAAUAUUUUGCGGAGCAGUUGUCACUAACACGACAUGAAAUUUAGAAUACUUUAACCGCGAUAUAACAUUUUAAACUAUAUUACGUCACAACAUUUUUAAGGACCUUAUGUAGCAUGUUUCUAUUUGUAUGAACAUUCAUUAGAUAAUAGUAUCUCAAAUAUUAACCACAGGACAUGACAGCGGUCGGAAUUUGUUGGUUUACCACUAUGUUUGCUGCAUUUUAUCAUCUCGAUUUAUAUGAAGUAUGACGUUUGCACAAUUUGCUAACUAGUACAAAAUAUACUAUAUGCUAUGGUCAUUAAUUUAAUGACUGGAUGAGAUACAAUCGAUGAUUUAUAAUUGCAAGAUGUCUUAAAAGCUCAAGUUCUAUCACAUUCAUCUGCUAUUUAUAAUCGUGUUUGGGAGCAGGCGCUCCAGCAGAUAUGAGCAUGGGCGCCUGACUGUGAGUCCCAUAUCCCCCAAAGCUUCACUCCAAUUUAAUUAUAAGGGAACAAAAUGGGUUUUGUUUGAAAGUUAUCUUUAUUAUGUUCUGCAGGAAAACUUGUAGAGCCAUAUAUAUCCAGACAAAUUAUCAAAUAAUGCAAAAUGUUAACAAUAAAACAUUUUUG